CCCCGCGUCCCGGAGGCUCCCCGGGGGCCUGGGUCCGCUCCUGCCGGCGGCUCCUUCGGUCCUCGCGCGUCGCAGACCGGAGCGGGACAGCAGCCGCGACUGUCUCCGACACGCGGGCUGGGCCGGGCUGGACGCAGGUCAGAGAAAAAGGGGCGAGCGGCAGGCACCGAGAAGACGAGGGAGUGUGGCUGUAGGACUUGCAGCCCGGCCUUCCCCGGCAGGGACCCCGACGCCCACAGGGACCAUGCAGAGGUCGCCUCUGGAAAAGGCCAGCGUCAUCUCCAAACUUUUUUUCAGCUGGACCAGACCAAUUUUGAGGAAAGGGUAUAGACAACGCCUGGAAUUGUCAGACAUAUACCAGAUUCCUUCUUCUGAUUCUGCUGACAAUCUCUCUGAAAAACUGGAAAGAGAAUGGGACAGAGAACUGGCAUCAAAGAAAAAUCCAAAACUCAUUAAUGCCCUUCGGCGGUGCUUUUUCUGGAGAUUUAUGUUCUAUGGAAUCUUAUUAUAUUUAGGGGUAAGGAUCUCAUUUGUAAAUUUAUUAUGGAUAAAUAACUAAUUCACUUUUUUAUAAUAAGAAGUCUAGGGCUAUCUGGUAUGUAGACAAAAGGACUAAUCUAACUCCAAAUACAGG